AUGAGUUGGGAGGGGGCGGCGAAGUGGGUUGUUGGGAUCAACGGUAAAAAGGAUGAUUACUACUCUCGCCCAAGCACGCUUAACUGCGGAGUUCCGAUGGGAUCCGGUGCAUUAGUGCUUGGUAUGAUCGCACCUGCCAAGUGUUGCGCGAUCAAUGGUUAUAUGGAUUCGACAGACACUCGACUAACUUGUGAUGCGUGA